GCCAAUCCUCCUCUUUUUUUUUGCUGAGGAAGACUGGCCCUGGGCUAACAUCCAUGCUCAUCUUCUUCCACCUUAUAUGGGACGCCGCCACAGCAUGGCGUGACAAGCAGUGCAUCGGUGCGCGCCCGGGAUCCAAACCAGUGAACCCUGGGCCGCUGCAGCAGAGCGUGUGCACUUAACCACUUGUGCCACUGGGCCGGCCCCAAUUCUCCCUCGUUUUUUAUUCAGUCAUUCCUUUGUAUCAGCACAGACUCAUGGGUAUUUAUUUUAUACUUUGGGUUAUAAUCCAGUACUACUUUAUUUAUUUUGUUGCCAAGCAACUCUUCGUCACUGUAGCUUCUUUACCACCCUUCAGACCAGAGUUGGACAAGGGGCACGGGCGGGGUGUAAAAGGUCUAAUUAUACCAAGUUGCCAACCUUGUUUUCCUUUCUAGAAUGAAGGGAAGAAAGGAACAUUGUCCCAACUUCUGGUUGAGGGGGUGUAGGUUCAAGACCCCAGGCUGACUGCCAGCCUCCCCUGCCUCUGCCUCAGCAUUCACUAAGCACCUGGGAGUUGGGGCCUCUCAUGGGCUUGGCACUGCCCUGGGGGAAGGCGUUAAUCUCCCUUUUCCCAAAGAGAAGCUGGUCCCGUGGGUCCCAGUUAAGGCUGAAUUGAGCAAGUGCUUUAAGAACUCCAUGUUCAGCUGGCUGCUGGUUGCAGCAGGGCCCUGUUCUAGAAGGUUUUUGUGUUCCAAGCCCAGGAGGAAGAAGGGAAUACUUCACCAGCACCCUUGCCGCUUUACACUCCCAUUUGCUCUUCCUGCCUGAGUAGACCAUGCAUUUCUUUUUCUUCCACCCACUAACUCCCUAGCUCUGCCUAUGUUGCUUAGCUCUGGGCCAGAGCUCAUUUACGCUGUGUGGUCUUCCUGCACCUAACCCACCCUGUGCCCCUGGUCUGCAGUGCCCUUCCCCACUCAGCCCCCUCAAGCCCUGGUCUCUACUGCUCACAGUCCUGACCGAUGUCUUGGUUUCUUGUGGUGGGCUUCAUCGGCCCACAGGCUCUGAGCUCCCGGAAGGCAGGUUGGGUAUCCAAUUGCCUGGCACUGUUCCUGCCAGUAGAACUGGGCUCCCUGUGGGCUCAUGUGUGAGUUGAAGUAAAGGUCACUGUUUCUGCCCUUAGGAAGUUAAGGUUAAGGACAGGAGACAGCACAUGGUCUCACUGGGGACUGAGCUAUAGUCAGAGCACCUUCAGGCCUGUGUGACAAGAAGGCUACAGAGAAGCUGGGAAGGUCAGCACAGCCUUGGGCCCCACACAUCAUGACUGUUGUGUGCCUCAGGAGGAAGGGGACACCCACCCCCGCCUUGGCCCUUCUUGGCCCCACCCAGCCUUUCCAGCUCCCAACCCUGGGAACCUAGCUGUGGGUGCUCAGCCAGGCUGUUGGCGGGGCAAUUAAAACACCGAAUGGGUUCCAACAGGGUUAAUCACAGCUGCAUGUAUAGAGGCGCCUUUCUCUGAGGAUCUCCAAGCCCUUGCUGUACAUGAUCUCAUUCCUCCUUUGGGAUUCCCCACCCUGGAAUACCACCAAGAAGCUGGGGCCAGAGUGGGUGAACCGCAGAGUAAGACCAGUGCCGGAAACAGUCCGGGCUGCUGCCACCCACUUGGGCAGGCAGAUGAGUGUUUCUCUGGGAGAGAACAGGGGCCCUCAGUCAAUGCACUACACAGAAGAGGCCAGCCUGCUACGAGCCAGUGCUCCUAAACACCAUGUCAAGACCUACUGUGUGCCCUGCCCUGCUGGGUACCAGAAACCCAGCUGAAUAAAUUCAGGUCCCCACAUCUAGCACGGCCGACUGUCGUCUGCACUACAUUGGGACAGGUGCUUCACAAAGUGCAUGGAGGUCCUUCGGGAGCACUGAGUGAGCAGUGGCUGGAACCGUAGGGGCUGCUGUAGGGCUGUCCCCCAGAGCAGGUGACCUUUGAGGUGGACUUUGAGGAAGGAGUCAGAAGGGAAUCACAAGCAGAGGGAACCGCAUGAUAGGGAAUGGCAGUGAAGGGUGAAGAGCUGUGAUACGAACGCUGCGUGACGUGAGGCCAAACCAAGGAACUGGAGCUGAGUUGGAGAGGGCAGGUGUUGGAAGUCAGCAGAAGUUUUCAAGCUAGGGAUGUAACCGUUUUAGACAGAUCAUUCCAUUUGGGCAGUGGAGCAGGGGGGUUGUGGCCAGAGGAAAGAGCACCAGGUGGGAAACUGGGCUGGUCCAGGUUAAAGGCAUUGAGAUGGUGACUGAAAAUGUGAGAAUGGGAGCUGGAACUUGUUCGUGUGAGGGAACCAGGGAGAGGAAGAAGUCAGAGAUAACUGAGCAGGGGGCUGCUGCUGGGCCAGGGAGGGGAGGAAGCACAGUGGGCAGAGGAGCUAGGAGGAGCCUGCAGUGCUGGGGAAGACAAAAGAGCCACAGCCUACGGCCAGGGCGGGAAGGGGCUAGGCAGACCCUGAGGGGCCGAGGGGCCGGCCCACCAGCACGCUGGGUGAGCUCCGGGGUUAGGAGAGCUUGUGAGGCAGGGGCUGGCCUCCCUCCCACUCUCCCGUUCCCUGGCUGCCAACAGCCACACCAGCUGGUCCUGUUUCACAGCCUUAUUCCUCCCCCUAGAGGCUCCUGGAAGCAGAGCCGCUUUGUCCUGAGGGUGAAUGGGUUUGUGGCUUGCAAGUUUCUGUAGCUGCAGUCCUCAGAGUUGUGAGGUCAACCCCUUGGCCCUCCUCAGGCAGGCAUGUGAGCCCUUUAGGAGCUGGUGGGAGAGGGGAAACAAGACUCACUGAAGGCGGUUUCUGGAGAUGAUGCUGUCCUGCUUGCGGGGUGGGGAGAGGCUCUCACAACUGCCUUCGCCCGCACGUGACCGCAGGAGCUGGAGCCAAAGUGCACCAUCUAUGGAGUCAGGCCAACUGAGGUCCUAGUCCUGGCUCCACCCCUCACAAGCUGUGAGCCAGUAGUUUUAUCUUGUUAAGCCUUAAGUUCCUCAUUGAUAAAACAGACAUAAGACCACCAUCUCAGAGGUGUUCAACUGUGAUAAUUAGCCUGAUCAUAUGAUUUAUUGUCAAAACCAAGCUUAUCGUUGACCUCAGUGAGCCGGGAAGUAUGGUCACAGGAGUGAAGAUGGAUAUGAGUGACUUUCAUACUGUAAAGCCCUGUGCAUACGUGUGCACAUUGCCGCACAUGUGCUAUUCCUGCAGAUGCCAGGAAGAGCUUCUCCAACCCCAUCUCAACCUGUCCUUAUUUCCUGGGCUGGGGUCUGCCCUCCAGCCAACAUCAGAGAGGCUCUGGCUCUUCCUCCCUGUCCUGUCCAUCUUCCUGAUUGACUGUUUCACUCACCUCGGACCUUGCCAACCCAAGAGGCUCACUCCAGAGAAGGGUGGAUGCAGAUCCUGGGGUUCAGGGGUGGCCUCCAAUGAGGGCCAGCGGCCCAAUCGGAGGGUAUCAGCAGGGGCAGGAGCUGGCCCUAGCCCUGGGCUGGGGGUUGGCCCAACACCUUCUCUGCUCCAGGAUCCUGACUCUGGGCAAACCAUGUUUACCAGAGCAGCGAAGGGCCUAUUUAUAGCCUCAGCUGCUCCUCUCUCUGGGUCAGUGGUGAGGGGGCAGGGUGGCUCCUCAGAGCAAGGGUGGCAGUCGGGCCGAGGGAACCCGGCUCUGCUCAGCUGCCACUGCCCAGACCCCUGGCCCCACCCCAUGGCAGAGGAGACUUUCCCCUUCACCUCCUCCACACUGCGCUCUCUCCGCCUGCAGCGGGAAUGGCUGGAGUGGGAGGACCGGCGGCGGGCUGCGGCCCAGCAGUGCAGGAGCCAAAGGUGCCCCCCAAGUUCCCGGGCCCAACUCACUAGGCCACGCUGCUCCUGCCGCGACCCAGCUGUCCACAAUGCCCUGUUCUCUGGCGACCUGCAACAGGUCCAAGCUCUGUUCCAAGAUGAAGACGCUGCGAACAUGAUCGUGGAGACUGUGAGCAAUCAGUUGGCCUGGUCGGCUGAACAGGGGUUCUGGGUGCUGACCCCCAAGACCAAGCAGACAGCGCCCCUCACCAUCGCUGCAGCCCGAGGCUACACCGACUGCGCCCGCCACCUGAUCCGGCAGGGAGCUGAGCUGGAUGCCCGGGUCGGGGGCCGGGCAGCCUUGCACGAGGCCUGUGCCCGGGCCCAGACCGACAGUGUGCAGCUGCUGCUGGCCUUCGGCGCUAAGGCCAACGUGCUGUCUGAGGAGGGCAUGACCCCCUUACACCUCUGCACAGCCCCCGAGUCCUUACAGUGCGCCAAGCUGCUGCUUGAGGCAGGAGGCACCGUGAACCUGGCAUCGUGGGACAGCGAGGUGACGCCCCUGCACGUGGCGGCUGCUCGCGGCCUGGAGGAGCAUGUGGCUCUCUACCUGGAGCACGGCGCCGACGUGGGCCUGCGCACCAGCCAGGGCGAGACCGCCCUGAAUGCUGCGUGCGCGGCGGCCGAGGGCCCAGGCUGUGGCCGGCGGCACCAGGCAGCGGCGCGCUGGCUUCUGGAGGCUGGGGCUGAUGCCCGGAUGGCCGGGCGCAAGCGGCACACGCCGCUGCACAACGCCUGUGCCAACGGCUGCGGGGGCCUGGCCGAGCUGCUGCUGCGCCACGGGGCCUGCGCUGCAGUCCCCAACGGGGCAGGCGACACACCCAUGGAUUGCGCGCUGCAGGCCAUCCAGGACGCCACCAACUGGGAACCCGAGGUCCUCUUCGCGGCGCUACUGGAUUACGGGGCGCAGCCUGUGCAGCCUGAGAUGCUGAAACACUGUGCCAACUUCCCUCGGGCCCUGGAAGUCCUGCUAAAUGCCUACCCUUGUGUCCCAUCCUGUGAUACCUGGGUUGAGGCAGUGUUCCCAGAGCUGUGGCAGGAGCACGAAGCCUUCUACAGAUCAGCCCUGUGCAUGGUGAACCAGCCAAGGCGCUUGCAGCACCUGGCCCGGCUGGCUGUGCGCGCUCAGUUGGGUAGCCGCUGCCGACAGGCUGCUGCCCGCCUCCCACUGCCCCGGCUCCUCAGGGACUACCUGCUGCUGCGUGUGGAGGGGCGCAUCCAGUGAGCCCCAUGUCAGGCUGCUCCCACAGCUUGUCCUGCCCCCUCCAUCCGUCGUCCCCCCGCAAUCCUAGAGGACCAGUCCCUGGCUCUCUUGUCCUCUCUGCAUGCCCUUCCGGGCCGGCUCAGCCCUCCGCUGGCUUCUUGUUUUUUUGUUUGUUUGUUUGUUUUUUUGUGAGGAAGAUCAGCCCUGAGCUAACAUCCAUGCCAAUCCUCCUCUUCUUGCUGAGGAAGACUGGCCCUGAGCUAACAUCCAUGCCCAUCUUCCUCCACUUUAUGUGGGACGCCGCCACAGCAUGGCCUGACAAGUGGUGUGUCAGUGCGCUCCCGCGAUCCGAAUCCGGGCGGCCAGCAGCAGAGCGCUUGCACUGAACCACUACGCCACGGGGCCGGCCCCCCGGCUGGCUUCUUGAGCCAACUGCUGACCUCCAGCUCCAUUUGAGCUUUGGCUUGUCUCUCCAAUGGGAAGGUUUGCAGACUCAGCCUUCACCCACCUCCUCCUCCUGUGCGUAAGUGCAUGAUGGUCCCUCCAUCCACCCAGGCCCUGAGCCAGGAGGCAGUGAUCCUUGGUGCCCCCCCUCCUCUGCCAUCUGUGUACCCAUUCAGCCUCCUAAAGAGUGACAGACUCUGUCGCUAGCUGCCCUGCCUCUGUCACUUGAAGGGAGGACCUUACUGACUGGUCUUGAAACCCAUGCUCUGCAAGGCUGCUGGAACGAUCUUUGGGAAUUACAACUCUGAUCAUGCCCUUGAGUGGCUCCUCACUACCUUCAGGCUAAAAUCAAAACUCAACAAGGCAGACAAAGCUUCUAGCUCCAGCCUUCGCCAAGCUCUCUGGCCUCCUGACCCCUCUUCUCCCUUCUGAGGUUCCUGUAAUCCAGCCUUAGUAAACUAGUUACCGGUUGUAGGAUAUGACCUGCUCCCCUUUGCUUCCAGACGUUUGCAUGUGCUGUUCCCUCUGCUUGGUAUACCCUUCCCACAUUUUUGCCGUGGUCAAGGCUGACUUGAUCCUCAAGACUCAGCCCAAUAGCACUAUCUCUGCAGAGCCUUCCUUGGUAUCACUAUUAUUUGAUUAAGAGCCUGUGUCUGCCUCCCUAGGCUGAGACAGGACUCUAUUCCUUGAACAGGCAUUUCAGUAAAUGGUUGUUGAGGGAGGAGUAAAUGCAUGAUGCCUGGGACCCAUUUAUGGUUGUGUCCCUCCUCCCGCCCCCGAGUGAUGCAUGGUGUCUUAAAUAGUGGUCACCAAAGUUGUGGUCUCUGAGGUCCUGUGACAGGAGGACCAACCACCAGCUGUUCCCUCUGUCUCUCACUUCCUCCUCUGGUCCCAGAAUCAAAUGUACCACCAUUCAUCUUUAAGAGGAAGCUUUUCAAGCCAAGCCAGUUUUUAUGAACGCAAAUAAAUGUUUUGUGCACAGAACCAAAGUGUGGAUGUCGUUAGGUUGAAUUUGGCAGAGACUCCUGUCACGCCAUGUUUAUUUUUUGCCCCCUUGUACUCUUCUGUGGUUCCCAACUUUUCUGCACUGAGCACCUGUUACUCUUGUGAUAGAAAAAAGCUUAUAAGAGCAACACAAGGUC